UUGUUGUGAUCUAACAUGGCGGAGAGUAGUGUUGUUGCUGUUCUGUGUCUACGUCAAUUUUAGCGCGAUAUCAAGCACACACGAGACAGAAAGAACGAUGCUGAGUGCUUCUAAAUCGUCGAGAGUUCGUAGAAAGUAGAUUUAUUAACGGAGACAGUUGUGUCGCGAAAUUGUGCUACGUGUUACAGAGUGAAACUCUCGCGAAACCCCGAGGAUAUACACCAAGGCACAGGAGAAUUCGUCUUCGCAAAGGAUCUCGACGACAAUACCCCUCACCCACCGUUAAAGCCCCGUCCGUCCCCUCAUCCUUCAUAUUAAAAAAAAGAGUCGCGUCGAAUUUUUCAAGUUUUCACAAAAAAAAACAAUUUUGUUUCCCGCGUUCUUAUAUUUACCUGGAGAGUAUCCUUAUGCAACGUUUCACGUAAACACCCUCUGGAAGGAUAACUUUCUCUCCCCUAUAUUACAUGUCUGAACAUGCAAUUCAGGUAAUCAAAAAACUUCUCAAAAAUCAUCGUAUUUGAAAGUUUUGCAAAAAAAAAAAACAAAAGUCCUUGAAAACGAGUUUAAAAAACUUUUCAUCAUAAAUAUUUCUGGAGUGUAUAUUAUUUUUAACUUACUGUCUGAAAAAAAAUAUUGGCCAUCAACAAUUUUUUUUUUUUUUUUUUUUUUUUGGUGAAAUGUACAAAUGAUUUCCUCGGCGAAGAUUCAUAGACACUUUUUAGUUUAAAUGUGGAAAAUUAGUUAUUGAAAGUUGAAAUAAAUUUGCAAAUAUGAUAAUUGAAUUAAGUGUGAUUAUGAAUUGGUGAAAAAAAAAAUAAUAAAUAAACAAUUGCGGCACCUAGUGAAUUGAAAGAAAAAGUGAAGAAGAUCCCUUUGAAAUAAGUGAUAAACGUGAAAAAGUAAUGAUAUUUAGUUUAGGGUAGAAUUGAACCCAUAGAAUAUCAUUUUCACCAUGACAGACACACGUAGAAGAGUUAAAUUGUACGCACUAAAUGUAGAUAGGCAAUGGGACGAUCGUGGUACUGGUCACGUUUCCUCAUCGUAUGUCGAUAGACUAAAAGGAAUUUCCCUUUUAGUAAGAGCCGAAAGCGAUGGAUCCGUUUUACUUGAAAGUAAAAUUCAACCGGAUACUGCAUAUCAAAAACAACAAGAUACGUUGAUUGUAUGGUCGGAAGGUGACAACUUUGAUUUGGCAUUGAGUUUUCAGGAGAAAGCCGGUUGCGAUGAAAUAUGGGAGAAAAUUUGUCAAGUUCAGGGUAAGGAUCCAUCGGUGGAAAUUACUCAAGAUAUUGUUGAGGAAUCGGAAGAUGAAAGAUUUGACGAUAUGUCCGAUUCGGCGCCACCAAUUGAAUUACCACCAUGUGAAUUGGCGCGUCUUGAGGAUAUUAAUGAAUUAAUUGGCAAUUGUUUACCAUCACCUGUGAGAAAAGAAAAAUUGGCCAUGGCACUUGAAUCAGAGGGUUAUAUAAAAAAAUUAUUAAAUCUUUUUCAUACAUGCGAGGAUUUAGAGAAUACUGAGGGUCUACAUCAUCUUUAUGAUAUAUUUAAAAAUAUUUUUCUUCUCAAUAAAAAUGCACUUUUUGAAGUGAUGUUUAGCGAUGAUACAAUAUUUGAUGUUGUUGGUUGUCUUGAAUAUGAGCCAACAUUACCACAACGUAAAAGGCAUCGUGAAUAUCUUCAACAAUUAGCAAGAUUUAAACAGGCAAUACCAAUAACAAACGCUGAAUUAUUGGCAAAAAUUCAUCAAACCUAUCGCGUUCAAUAUAUACAAGAUGUUGUAUUACCAACACCAAGUGUCUUUGAGGAUAAUAUGCUCAGUACAUUGAGUAGUUUUAUUUUCUUUAAUAAAGUUGAAAUUGUCACAUUAAUUCAGGAUGAUGAGAAAUUUCUCACUGAAUUAUUUCGUCAAUUAACUGAUGAGGCAACAUCCGAUAAUAAACGACGUGAUCUUGUUCUUUUUCUUAAAGAAUUUUGCAAUUAUUCACAAAAUUUACAACCCCAGGGUAAAGAGGGUUUUUAUAAAACAUUAACAGCUCUUGGUAUUUUACCGGCACUUGAAAUUACACUUGCUAUUAAUGAUUCACAAACAAAAACGGCGAGUAUCGAUAUUCUCACUUAUAUUGUUGAAUAUUCACCAAGUGUUGUGCGUGAUUAUACAUUACAACAAAUUAAUAAUACCGAGCAAGAUCAAAUGUUGGUUAAUGUUGUUGUUGCACAAUUGGUAAAUGAUAAUGAUCCUGAAUUAGGUGGUGCUGUACAAUUAGCCGGUGUAUUACGUCUUCUUCUUGAUCCAGAAAAUAUGCUUGCUUCUGUAAAUAAAUCAGAGAAGGCGGAUUUUUUGCAUUAUUUUUAUAAAAACAGCAUUGGUACAUUAAUUGCACCAUUAUUGGCAAAUACUGUCGAUGAAAAACCAGCAAAAGAAGAUUAUCGAACAGUACAAUUGCUUGGUUUAAUUCUUGAGCUAUUAUCAUUUUGCGUUGAACAUCAUUCGUAUCAUAUAAAAAAUUGCAUUAUGAAUAAAGAUUUGCUCAGAAGAAUAUUAGUUCUUAUGAAAUCAACGCAUACAUUUCUUGUAUUGUGCGCAUUGAGGUUUAUGAGGAAAAUAAUUGCAUUAAAGGAUGACAUUUAUAAUAGACAUAUUAUUAAAGGAAAUCUAUUUGCACCUGUUUUUGAUGCAUUCGUCAGGAAUAAUGGAAGAUAUAAUCUUCUUGAUUCAGCCAUACUGGAAAUGUUCGAAUUUAUUAAAUUGGAGGACAUAAGAUCAUUAUCUUCGCACGUUGUAGAAAAUUUCUCGAAACAAUUGGAAACUAUAAAUUACGUUCAAACGUUUAAGGCAUUGAAAUUGAGGCAUGAUCAACAUCAAGCCAAACUCAAGGAUCGAGAUAGAUCAACGCUUGAUAGUGUACCAUCGAUAUUGAGAAAUAGCCGAUAUCGACGAGAUCAACGACAACUUGACGAGGACGAGGAAAUGUGGUUUAAUGAAGAGGAAGAUUUUGAUGAUAGUGAAGCUGUUGUUCCUGCUGCAGCCGCUGAUUUAGUGCCACCUGCAUCAGCGAAAAAGCAACCGCCAUCACCGAAUUCAUCACCAAAUCCAGUACCGGCUGAUUCGAAAAGUCAACAACAGACUGUUCUUAAUAAUAAUACUUCCAGCAAUACUGUCACCACACCACAAACACCGAUCAACAAUAGUGUACCAAUUGCGAGUGAAUCACCUGUCAAUGCGGAUAAUAGUCCAAGUACCGCUGUCAGUUCCACUGAUAAAGCAGGCGCAAAUAUUUUCAAAAAGGGUCUUGUCGACUAUGAGGGCGAUUCAGAUGAAGAAGAGGAUGACUCGGAAUUGAGUCCGUCGCCAAAACGGCAACGGAUGUCAUAGUAGGCGAACUGUCAAUCGGUAACACGAGUGCUGUGACAAUUUAGUUGCCGUAUUCAUUAAGUACCCCCGCGAUUAAAAAAAAAACGGAUCGUUCUUCUCGUUCAAAUUUUCAUCUUUCGUUUAUCUACACACUUAAAAAUGGAGUAGAACCCGAAAGUCGAGGAACUCGUCGUCAUCAUCAUCGUUUUUUUUUUUUUUUUAAAGUGAGUGAGGUUGAAAGAGAGAGAGAGAGAUAGAGAAAGAAAGGAAGAGAGAUAGAGAUAACGUAUUAAUGCGGGAUACUUAAAAUAUAAAUAUAUAUAUUAAAGAAAAAAAAAAUCCAUAAUUGAAAGAAGAGAGAAAGUAAGAAAGAAAGGCAGGUAGGCAAAAAAGAUGGGAAGGUAUUUAAAAACAAAAAAGUGAAUGAUGGACGUUUAAACUGUUUGUCAGAAUUAUUAUGUACAGUAUGAGAAAAUGAUGGAAAAAAAACAAGUAAGAGAUCUCCAAGGGGGUUGUUUUUAUCGAGAGAGAGAGAGAAAGAGAAAAAGUGAAGAAAUCGCGGGAACAUCGAUAGUGGAUUUUGUUAAGAACUAUACGGAACUGUCUUGAUAUCUUCGUAAGAUAGAGAUAAGAAUUUAAACGUCUGUAUUCGAUUAAGAAAAAAAGAGAAAUUGAGAGAAAGAAAGUAAGUAAAUUGUAAUUCAUUCCAGUGGUUUUAAAAAAAAAAAAUAAUAAUAAUGACCCCACAAUUAAUUGAAAACUCUUUAUUGAGUGACAGUUUAUCGGGACGAAAAAAUAAUGGAAGCGAGAGAAUGUGUGUGUAUGAGAAAAAUAGAGCAAAAACAAUCAUCUAAGGGCCUAUUUACAAGAAAAGAUUUUCCAUCCGUUUGUCAAAAAGAAGAAGAAGAAGAAAAAUGAAAGAGACGGGAUAAGUUCGUGGGUGUUUUUCCGGUAAGAUUAUAUAUAAUUUUAUUUUUUUAUUUAAAUUUUUUUUUUUCAAUAAAACUAAAAGCUGAACGCUUUUUUUUAUCGACUAAACAUUAUCUACGAAUUCGAACCCCGUGUAUUUUCGAUCGACUCUCUCGAGCGUGUUUGUUGGUUGGCUUUGAAAAAAAAAGAAAAAGAAAAACCACUUCCGGUCGUGACAGACGAUUUUUGAAUGAGGACGAAUUGUAGAUUCGUAUCCAGUAAAACUGUGAGAUUAUUCGACUUUCAUUUGUACAUAUUAUACAUACGUAUUGCACCCCGGAGUUUCUCAAAAACAAAAAAAAAAAGGAAAAAAAAAAAAAUUGGCACGAAAUAUCCUCUUACCCCCCCCCCCCCCCUUUAAAUAUAAAAACACGUAGAGCCGAGAAUCGUGUGAAAGAUAUAUACAUAUAUAUAUUUAUAUGUACGCUCUGCCUGAAUUUCUUAUCUCCUUUGAGAUAUUUUCAAUGAGCUUUCAAAUAAAAUUUCCAAUUAUAAUUAUUAUUAUUAUUAUUAUUAUUAUUAUUAUUGUAAGUAGCGUAAAUUGUACAAUAAUUCUUUUAUUUGUGUAACAAUCAUCGGCCGGCUUCACAUGUCAAAUACUAAUCGUUUAUUGACAAGUCUUUAAAAAAAAGGUGAUUUUUCUUUAAUUAAAAUUAAAAAGAAAAGUUUCUUUAUAAAAAUUCACGUUUACAUUAAAAAAAUAUAUAUAUAUAUAUAUUCACAAAAAAAAGAAAGAUUCUUUUUUUUAAAUUCUUUAAUAUUGAAUUUUUUUGUCAAAAAUAAUAUUCAAAUGAAGAAUAUUUUUUUUCGAGAAAGAAAAUUUUUGAGACUUUUCUCAAAAAUUGUUAAUGUGAAUUUUUUUUUUUUUAAAGAAACUUUGUUUUAAAAAGAUAAGAAAUUUGAAGACGACGAAUUCUCUCUAUGUUCAAGACAAGAGAAUUUCGGGACAUGUAAAUUUCAGUGGGUUUUAAGUUGUGAGACAAAAAAAAAAAAAAAAAAAAAAAAAAAAAAGAAGAA